UAUCCUAGUGCGCUCGCUCCCGCUCCAGGCUGGUGGAAAAAACUGCAGCGGCUGUUACCGGAGCCACGCAGAGAGGAGCUGUGUGCGAGAAAUCACUGGCACUGGCAAGAGUUGAGCUACACACACUCGGAUUUUCGUUAUUCUUACCGAGGACGACGUUGUCAAAACCUGGAUUUAUGGCUGCCAAGAAGUGGUAGUAUCGGUGGGAAGAUAUCCGGCGUCUGAAAGGAAAAUUGGCUGCCACAUUAAGAUGCCCUGCGGUUUUGUCUGAAUCAGUGACUUCUGGUGCUUUCAGACCUAUAACACUCAAGACAACAGGGAGCUGCAUAUCCUGGCAGGUCCAGUAUCCCCCACAUUUGAGGCUUGAAUAGUGUUACUACAGUUAGUUCCUGUAGCCCGUAGCUUCAUGGAGGGGUUUCCUGUCCACUGACCCAUCAGGCUGUCUCACUGGAUCAGCUGCCAUGUCCGCCUGCAGCACCUUCACCGAGCACGUGUGGAAACCAGGCGAGUGCAAGAACUGCUUUAAACCUAAGAGUCUGCACUGUCUGGCUCAGAGUAGUGGAGGGAAGCCUCCUUCUGAGCAGAGGCCUCCAACAAUUCAGCAACACUAUCCAUCCCCUGCUGGAGCCAGAGCCAACACUAACCUUACCAUCAACUCCCAGAGGGCUGGCAGUGGGUCUGCCCGCUCAGGACACUUUCGUCCACCGGUGGCUAAGAAGCCAACCAUUGCUGUUAAGCCCACUAUGAUGCUGCCCUGCUCCUCUGCAGGACUGGAUUCAGAUGGUAACCUGCAACGUCCACCAAAUGUAAUAGAACAGGGCAAAACAUCAGCCUUCACUGUCUGGAAUCGCAAUGGACUGAACCGUAAGAGGCCUGGUGGGCCCAGCAACAACAAUGAAGGAGAGGAUGGCAGUGAGGAGAUUGAAGGUUAUGGACAACUUAGCCCAAGGACCCCUAGUGGAAAUAACAACAAUAGUGGACUGACGGAUGUACUAAAGGAAAUUGCUGGGUUAGGCCCUGGCCCUAGCCCCAUGCCCCUUUCCAGUUCCAAGGAUUUGUUUUGGGGAAGAAUCAGUAGUUCAUACAGACGGUCCUUGGAAAGAGGCCUUCCAGCCUCAAGCUGUCUAGCCAUGGGAAGCAGCAGUUAUAGUGGUGGUGGGACGGCUCAAAAACGAGUAUCCCUUAGCGAUAGCUCUGAGGUCAUUAGCACAGAGGGUGGUCGCUUUUGCUACCCUGAGUUUUCCGAUGAAGAUGAUGAGGAGGAUGAGGACGAAUAUACUGAAAGGGAUGAUGAUGAACAUGAGAGCUGGGAUGAAAGUGAUGAAGAGUUACUAGCCAUGGAGAUCCGUAUGCGAGGCCAACCGCGAUUUUCAAAUUUCCGGGCUGCCACAUUGUCUCCGGUGCCCUUUGCUGCAGGGAAAAAGUGGAAUACGGUGCCACUUCGCAACCGCUCACUACAGCGGAUUUGUGCAGUGGACUAUGAUGAUAGCUACGAUGAGAUCUUGAAUGGAUACCCCUCUAUGGACUCCAAUGGAGCUCUUCUUCCCUAUGGGCCCCAUGACAUGCAAGGCAGUGGUUUCCUAUCAAAUUCAGAGUCUACCACUUCUCCAGAAUCAUCGUCAUCCCUUCCAGAGGAUUCUCGAACAACUUCCAGCAGUGGGAGCAGUGCCCCCUGUGCUCUUCGAAAUGGCUUGCGUUCUCCCACAUCUUCUAAGGCACCUUGCCCCUUCACUUCUCCCCCCAAAAAGGAGCCCGUCCACAGAGCACUGAGUCCACUCAAGGUGACUGAAACACACAAGGCGGUCCUAGCCAUUAGAUUAGAAGAUCAGGAUGGCAAAGAAGGCAUGCCAAUGCCCCAGGCCCUUCCAGGUCAACCAGUCACUAUUAGUUUUAGUCCCACAGAGGAGCAGGCUAAACCAUACCGUGUAGUGAAUUUGGAAAAAUCGCUGAUCUGUAAGCCUUAUACUGUAGUUGACGUGUCAGCAUCCAUGGCCAACAAAGAUGAGCAGACUCCAGACUCUACCCCAAAACCCAAAAACCUGUCAAUGCCUUCCAGCCCUACAUCGUUCUGUAGCACUCCUUUAGGUCAGCCCCUGUCUCCAACCUCCCCUCUUUCUCCUUCUCCUGUGAUGCCAAUGUCACCCACAUCUGUCGCCCUGUCAGGUACACCCCGAAAGAAAUCAGGGAACAUACGCUACCAAGAAGUGUGGACAUCAAGCACAAGUCCUCGCCAAAAGAUACCUAAAGUGGAUCUAGGGUUCGGGAGUAAUCCUGGUCCCUCUAUCCCUACUCAACACUUCAGCCACAAGUCAGCUCCCACUUCUCCCAUUGCUGGGCUGUCUUCCUCCCAAACUGUACCUGUGAAAUCUUCCAACUUAUCAGAGAUCAAGUUUAACAGUUUCAAUAAUGCAGGCAUGCCUCCUUUUCCUAUAAUUAUUCGAGAUGAACCAGCCUAUGCCCGCAGCUCCAAGAAUGCUGUUAAGGUACCUAUUGUUAUUAAUCCAAGUGCAUAUGACAACCUAGCUGUGUACAAGAGCUUCUUGGGACUCAGUGGUGAACUGCCACAGCCAAAAGGGGUAGGUAGUAGGGUAACCAGCCAUACUUAUGAGGAGAUUGGAUCCUCUGAGAGUGUCCAGUCCUCCUCAACAGAGAAAACUAUCUCUGGUAGAGGCACAUCAGAGAGAGUCUCUUUUGAAGAGACCAAAUCUCCACCUGAGGCAGUACCAAAAGCACCAAAUUUACAACCUAGAACCACUACAGACUCUAGCACUGGAACAAGCACUGUGAGGAGCUCCACAGUUGGGGCCCUCUCUCCCACUACAUUAACAAAUCCCCCUGCCAUUCUUGCCAUUACUGCAAACCUACCUAAAACCAGCCCUACUACCAAUGCUGUUACACACACACACAGCAAGACAAGUGGAGACGCUACUUGCAGUAAAGAUGAUAAUACAGAUGUAGCUUUGUCCUCUGGAACAGUGGUAAGCCCUAGGGAGGAGGCCAGUGCUGUGCUUUUACAGAUUGUGGCCUCCAUCCAGCCUCCCCAGUCUCCUCCAGAGUCACCCUCAGCACAAGCUAAUACCCUCAGUUCUGAGGAGCUAUAUGCCCUCCCACCUGAUGCCAUGAAGGAGACCCUCACCCGACCCAAGUCUCUCUUUACCAUAACUGAUGGCUGUCUUUCCAAACCCAAGAAGGACACGCCCUCCAAAGUUUUGUCUAAAUCCCAGAGUGCCUCUGCUGCUGUCCCACUUUCCAGCCCCCGGUCAGAGCCCAAUGCCCCCUUCCCCCCUCCUAGAUCUACAUCUUCCCCUUACCACGCUUCUAACAUCCUCCAGAGACAUUUUGGCAACUGGACCAAGAGCUCUGCCUCCAGUUCUCCUGUUCGACCUAGUGAAGGUGAAGCAAGUCCAGGUGGAGAGGGAAGACGUAUUUCAGCAGAGAGCUCCAAACCCAAACGCUGGAUCUCCUUUAAGAGCUUUUUCCGUCGGCGGAAAGACGAGGAUGAGCAGAGGGAGAGGAUGGAGAGAGAAAAAGACAAAGGCAAGCUGGUUGGGCUUGAUGGCACAGUUAUUCACGUGCUUCCACCACCACCAAUCCAACAGCAUCACUGGUUCACUGAGGCCAAGCCAGAGGAUCCGACCCAGAAGCCAACCAUCAUCUUCACCUACAAACCAGAAAGUGGCAACACCCCUGGUGAUGGAGAAGGAGAACUACGAGUAGAAGAGUGCAGAGAAAAUGUACUACUGACGACUGAAGAGAGCAAGGAAUCCAGACCUCUGAGCCCCGGGCAAACAGCACCCUCACACACCACUGGAUGUGAUCUCAUCAGCAAGGAUUUUAGCCAGGUACCAAUCAGUACCAGCAAUGCCAGGGAUCUGGAGCUGCCUCGUGCCGCCUUCCUGCCUGCCAAAGUGAAUCUGGGGCUGGUGCUUGGGGAGGGAGAGGAGGGCCAUGCCAACCAGGUUGCCACGGUAGCCUCAGCCAGCGAGUGCAGCGCCAGCCUCGGAGAGCCAGAGGAGGACGGGAAUCACUCCCAUCACUCCCACUCGCCUGCCUCCAGCCAAUGCAGUGCUACAUACAGCAACCUGGGUCAAUCCAGAGCCAACAUGAUCCCACUGAAACAGCCACGAAACAUCAAAGCAUCCAACGAUACCUUGGCCUCCAUCGACCUGGACGGCCUCGCUGACCAGCCGGCCCCCAAGGCCACACCCCCACCACUACCUAAGAAGGCUGUACCUCGCUCCAGUACCGAACCAAACCUGGUAUGCAAAGAGGCAGUCCAGGGAGGCCUGAGACCGCGGGCUGAGGCUAGGCCUGGGGGCACCAACCUGAGUGUGGCCAACCCUAUCUACGACUUGGACUCUACCUGGGAAACAGCUAGUCAGAGCUCCUCUCUCAGCUCUGAGCCUCAUCGGGUCCAAGACCACGAGAGCGGUGACUCCCUGGAGAGGUCAUCAGCUGCCACGGCUACCAACAAGGGCCGCCCGACUAACAGCAUGUCCUCCCUGGUUCCUCAACCUGCAUCUGCUGCACCCAGUGCCACUGCUGGCAGAGAGAGGCGGGUCUACCCGAGUACAGAGUCUCUGGCUGGAAGGAUUCGGACAACAGGUCGAGGUGCUGCUGCUGGAGGCUCCAACCCCCAGAGACCUGCUCUAUACAGGGGGUUAGACAGCUGGGAUGAGGUGGUGGGGAGGAUCCGGGGGCUCCACACGGACACGCUGCGGAAGCUGGCAGCAAAGUGCGAGGACCGUUUCAUGGCUGGUCAGAAGGAUCACUUGAGAUUCGGCACUGACAGCUGGUCCCACUUCAGGCUGACCACUGGGAAACCCUGCUGUGAGGCGGGGGACGCUGUAUACUACACUGCCUCCUACGCCAAGGACCCACUGGUCAACUACGCCAUCAAGAUCUGUCGGAGCAAAGUGAAGGAGACCCAGCAGCAAUUUUUCCACAGCCUUGCAGUGAGACAGAGCCUGGCUGUGCACUUCAACAUCCAGCAAGACUGUGGACACUUCCUGGCUGAUGUCCCCGCCCGCCUGCUGCCCUGGGAAGAGGAAGAAGCUGAGGAGGAAGAUGAUGAGGAGGAAGAUGUAAACAGGCUGAAGGAGAAAGAAAAAGAGAUUAAGACUGAAGCCAAGGCGACAGACUCCAAAGCUCCAAAUCGUAAAUUAGAUGAAACCCCGACAGCAGGUCACAUGAACACCAUUGGCCGCUUGAGGAGCCGAGUGGUGGUCAUCACACGCGAGGUGCCUUUCCAGACGGUGGCUGACUUUGUCCGAGAAGGCGUGGCACGUCAUACUCAUAACCCGGAGCUGUACGAGCGUCAGGUCUGUCUCCUGCUGCUGCAGCUGUGCUCCGGCCUGGAGCACAUGAAACCUUAUCACGUGACCCACUGUGACCUGCGACUGGAAAACCUGCUGCUGGUCCACUGCCAACCUGGCAGCCCCUGGAAUCUGGACGUUCUUGAGCCCAACAACAACAGCAACAGCAGCAGUGGCGGCGGCGGAUGUUCUGGUGCAACCUCUGCCGGUGCUGCUACUGCUGCCGCCGCCAAUGCCACCUGCCCCGCCCGCCUCAUCAUCAGUAACUUCUCUCAAGCAAAACAGAAAAGCACUCUCAUUGCCUCCGACCCCGGUACGCUACGCGACCAGUCACGCCUCGCACCCGAGAUUGUCACAGCGACUCAGUACCGCAAGUGUGACGAGUUCCAGACUGGGAUUCUCAUCUAUGAGAUGCUGCACCGGCCCAACCCCUUCGAGGAGGCGCCGGAGCUGAAGGAGCGGGAGUACACCUGGGCCGACCUGCCGCCACUGCCUGUCAGAUCGCUCUAUUCACAGGGUCUGCAGCAGCUGGCCAGGUUACUGCUCACCGUCAACCCCUCUGAAAGGAUCCGCAUGUCCGAGGCCCGCGCCUGCCUGCAGUGCCUGCUCUGGGGCCCUCGGGAGGACUUGUUUCAGGCACUGGGCUGCAGCAGCACGGGUCCCAUGUCAGGGACCACUUCCAGCCAGCGCGAGGCCACCCUCCAGAACUGGCUGGACCUGAAGCGGACUCUAAUGAUGAUCAAGUUUGCAGAGCGCUCGCUGGACGCGGCUUGCGGCGUGAGCCUGGAGGACUGGCUGUGCUGCCAAUAUCUGGCGUUUGCCACCACGGACACCCUGAGCCGGGUGGUGCACAUCCUGCAGCAGCCGCAGCCACACCUUCAGGCCCAGAACCAGGGCCAGCCAGCGCACGCAGCGCCGGGCCAAACUCAAACACAUCAAACACACACCCUCCACCUGACUCAGUCACAGCCACUGUGAGUUCUUCCAGCCAGCUGUUACUAUGGUAACAGAUCCAACUUCCCCCGUGUGGUCCCUCUGCUGCCGCUAAUGUGUGAUGUAAGCUAAUAGUCAGCUUUUGUUGUUGCAGCAGCCACAGGGCUCACCUAAAACUAAACAGCUGGUUGUGCAAUGUCUGUGUUGUCUUCACGGACAAGUCAAUCCAUAGAGUGAGAGGCUGUAUUCCCAUCAAACAGGCUAGGCUUCAUGAUCAGCGUUAUUCUUAGCACUCAUUAAUAGCAGCGGGAUGGUUAAGAGUCCAGCAAAUGAAGUGGCUAUCCGCCAUUCUUCUCUGAACCAGUCCAAGACAAACUGAAACAUUGCAGUGACGUUCCAGACAUCUCCUCAUUAUUCACUUCAUCUGUUUCUUUAGCUGGUCACAUCUCAUGUGUAUUAAAACACUCCACCAGUUCCAGAUUGAAGAUAUUUACCAAUUGUGUGUGAAGGAUUUCUGCAGACUUGUCAUAGCUAUAUGUUAGAUGUAGUUUGCAUCAGCAGCUGUCUCCAGGAUUUAUUUGAGGCACUGUCAAAUGGAAAACAUUUGAGAUUUUACAAUAUUCUAUAGAAAAGAACAUUUAAAGAUGCACCACAGUUAGUUUCCUUCAAAGUUCUCAGUUUCUGUUGAGAAAACUUGAGAAAGCAUCAGAAAUGGAGAUUUAACUCAGUGUUGGAUUUUAAGCAACAGUUCAUUUUGGAAAAGACGCAGAUUUGAAAUCUGUAAAGAUGAAGGGAAUAUAAAAAAAAGAAAUGUAAAAAGAAAAUUCUAAACAAAUUUUCCUAACCAUGAAGAGGACAAAGCCUGAUGGCUGUCUUCAAAAUCUAAUCUAAUCAGAGUGCAAUCAUUUGUUUGAAUCUAAACUGAUUGCAAAAGUGAAAUAUGUUUUACCACUGAAGCCAAAGAUCUGCAACAAAUUGUCAACUUAGGCAGUUUGGAGAUGUUUCUACAAGAGAUGUUUAUUUGACUUUACUUUGCAGUCAGACAUGAUUACAGUAUCUAGAUUUGUUGUCAGUCCCAAAGUUCGCACAGCUCAGAGACUCAGUUUAAAACAGUGAAUUGUCACUCUUUAUGGUUUUAACAUUCGAAAGCCAGUCUGGAGUUAAAUUCACCACAAGUUACCCCCGUAAAUGCUGUUGUUUCAUACCAUACUUUACACUUCUGCACAGGGCUUUGAACGAGGUAGGUGAUGAACACUGAGCUAAUUUGGGCUUUGCAGUUUUCAGAGAAUAUGUGCAAUUAAUAUCUUUGUUUAUUAUUUCCUUUGGAGGUAACAGCAUAUGAACAUUUGUAUGCAGUCUUUUACUAAUCGUCUCUUCCAUUAGUUUUGUGGCACAUAAACUGAUUAAUUUCAGUUAAAUCCUGCAAAUUAAAAAAAAGUGUAAAGAACUUCUUACAGUGGAUGGGAGACAGGGAUGUUUCCAGGACUGCAAAAAGCUCUUCUUUGUCCAUUGUGUUGUUUUUGUCAAGUUGUUUUCGAACGGUUCUGCGUUAUGGGUGACAUUUGCACAUUCAGCCUGAACGUUGGCGCUUCUCGAUGGAGACGGAGGACAUGAUGAUGCAGGAGAGACUGAGAAAAGUUACCCGUGAAUUUUAGGAACUGGAUUUAUUUGUUUUGCAGUGUGCGGAAUGUCAAGGUUUGCCUGGAUUGAAACAGACAUUUUGGACCUGGUCUCAUCCACUUCAGAGACACUCCGCUUCCAACUGAACCACUUUGUUUCACACAUAAACUCUUUGGGUAACAAGCAACCACAGCUUUGAAGAGAAACUCAACCAAUGAGUCGAGACUUGCUUCCAUUCCUCCUGCCUUGUUACCCUUCCGCUUCGUCGUUAUCCGGCCAAUAGGACGGCAGAUCCUGCUCACUGCUUGUCACUCAACAGAUAAAAUUCUGCUUUAAUGAAAUUAGCUCUGUGUUAUUGAUCACCACCUUUCAGCAUGGAGUCACUGUAAGUAAUAUGAACACAAGCCUCCGCUUCCCCAUAAGAAACGGUUAACAUUUUGAGUUUUAUACAGAUGGGUUUAUUUGUGGUUAUGUUGAUCCAACACCCUGAAGCAUCUUUAUAGAAACUCCAAAUUGAACAGUACUUCUGUGCAGAAUGUUCCCUUGAUAUGCAUCCGGGUGGACGAUGCUUUCAAACUGACUCUGCAAAAAGGCUUUGCAUCCACCGGUUUACUUUAUUUCCUCUGGUUAACUGCAGCAGUUCAGCUUGUCACUGGUGGGAAAAUGUACUUUUGGGAUCAGGAUCCUGUGAUCCUUUUACUGCAGAUGUACAGUACGUGAUGUAAUGGUCCAGGGAGCGAAAAUGAGACAAAGCAGGUUAGUAAGUGAGUUUGUUGCUGCAUUAAAGAGUUUGUGUACUAAGGAAUGUGUGUGGACAGCACUGGUGGCUGUCCUUGUAUCUAGAGAUUUAAGCCUUUAUAUAUAGUAUAAAUAUAUAUAUAACCUUUAUCUAUUUUAAUCCACACGCUAUUUUGUCAAGUACAGAGCACCUCUAUUUCUGUCUUUAGGGUCUAAAUAUCAUUCAUUUUUAAAGCUUUGCUUGACUUUCUUCAGCCUUGUUCGUUUUGGGGGGAAGAAAAAGGUGAGUAGUUAUCACUGUCCUAAACAAAGGAUACAUGAAAAAGAACUUGUUCUUCAAGCCACAUGAUAAGGAGCAUUAAUAUGCUGAAAAACGUACAGUAUUUUUACCCCUGUUGGAAAGGUAUCUGCUUAGGAGAUGAACCACUUUGAAAAGAGGCUGAAGGAUGUCUUUUGAACGCACCAUUAAAACACAACAUUCAUCAACUGUAUGGCCUGUAGCGAAUAUUGUUUUUCUCUCUUUGCAUUGUUAAUUGCCACUGAACAGAAAAAUACCGAAGCUCUCUAAGGCUUUCUAUUAAUAUGUGUACAGUUUAUCGCCUGGCCUGCCACCAUUUAUUGUUGAUCAAGUUAACCAACAGUAACAGAACAAUAAAUAUAUGUUUUUAUAUACA